UUGUUUUAUUAUGAGAUCAACCUGAAGCAAUCUUUGUAACAUUUAGAGGAACAAUAUAUCGAAAUAUUUUGUUUAUUUAUUAUCUCUUUUUACACGAUUUAUUAGAAAGUUCUCUACGUUGACAUGUUGGGAAAGAUUAAAACAAAACAAGAAAAAGGAGAAAUUAUUGCGUACAGUGAGACAGCUGUUAUGAACAAUGCUGCUGUUGUUGAAUAUUGCAGAAUAUCUAUGGCAGCAUUAUCAGGAGGUACAGCUGGAUUAUUAGGUUUAACUGGACUAUAUGGUUUUGGUUUUUAUAUCUUUGCAGUUUUUGGAUUAUGGGCGAUGUUACUUUUAAAAGCUGGAGGACAAUGGAAAAAAUACUUUAUUAGUAGAAGAAACCUUUUAACCAGUGGAUUUUUUGGAGGACUUUUUACAUACGUAUUAUUUUGGACUUUCCUAUAUGGUAUGGUUCAUGUCUACUGAAAAAAAGAUAUAUUAAAUAUACAUAUUUUAUAAUGAAAUGAUUGAAUAACAAUAUGAUAGAUCGUUAAAGAUAAUAUAUGUACAUAGCCAAGUUAGAAAUAUUGCUGAAAGCAUAACAAAAUAUUGCGUGAUAAAUUAUGAACUUUGGCAUUUGUAUAAAACAAAUUUGUAAAGUAAUAACACUGAUUUUAUUUACAUUCCACAUUAAAGUAAUGAAAAGUUAAAAAAGUAGAGAGAGAAUUACAGUAAAAUGUAAUCAAAUAUUUAUUUACCCUGUAGUACACAUACAAUAAAUGAUCAUUAUUUUAUAUGUAAAGCCAAUCCUUAAAUUCAGUUAAAGAUCAAAAGAUAUAUAUAUAUAUAAUUAAUCUACAUGUCCAAAGAUUAUAUUAAGUCUUAGAGUGAUUCGAAAAAUAGUCAAUUUUGAAAUUGUAAUAAAAAUGUUUUAUAAUAACAUUUUUUUCAAAACAAAACCUUAUGCUUUUUCUUUAUUACUUAUAACGACAAUAGAAGAUACUAAAAUUAUAAAUGAAAGCAGAAGGUGUUUUACUAUAGCGAUAAAAGAUAUAAUAAAAUUAAUUACUUAUGUACAUUAUAAAUUUUAUAACAAUGCCUAUAUAUUAGAAUAUAGAUAAACAAAUAUUUUGAAAAAUAUCUUCAUAAGAAAAUCGUGUCUGUUUCAAAUUUUUGUCUCGGAAAUUUGUUGAUCGUCCGAUAUGAUUUCUUCCGGACAUUUCUCUGAUGUAUCUUUCAAUAAUAAACCUGUUUCAAGUUUUUGCAA